AUGAUCCCCCCCCUCCUGGUCAUCUUGUCCCUGUCGGCAUGUGCUCAAGCGGUCCAGGUGUCUAGCGAACAGGCUGUCGCCUACUUCAUCUCGCAACUGAACCAGACAAUCUCCAUAGACAUGGCCAAUCCACCCUGGAUGGAUGGUGAUAUUCAAGACGUUCCUCUAUCUUGCAUAGACCAGGAAUGCCCCGUGGCGCAGUUGUGGAAGCGCACCUUGCUGCAGUCCCUUGACUACGUUGAUAUCCUGUAUACAGCGCAUAGUGAAACACCCAGGCUCAACGCCGGAACCGAAGACAUGCUCAUUUCAUUCGCAAAGUCAACCUCUGUUAUGGUGGCGACUACCUGGGGCUGGCAUAUCGGGGCCAAGUUCUCCUAUUCAGGCCAAGCAAUACAAGUCGGUUAUGGCGUUUCAACUACAGUCGCUACAACAGUAACAACAUCCGAGACCGACUCCAUCAACUGCCAGGCAGGCUACGAGUGCACCGUCAAGACGCUCACCUUCUACACCAUGGUCCACGGCAAGUGCGUCACGCCGACCUAUCUCUCGUGCUGGGGCGUUUACAACAUCUGCGACUACGCGACCCAGCCCUGCCCGGCGUUCCAAAACCUACACGAUGCCACGUGCCGUGCCGAUCAGCCGGUAUCGCCCUGCUCUAUUAGGGUUCCGCUCCUUGAUGACGAGAACCAACCAAUUAUUGCCAAGGUCGCUGUUUCCAAUAAGAUCCCUGGCGGCACCAAGAGGAGCCUAGGGCGGAGGUUACCGAGGCCGAGGUUAGGAAAGAGAUGA